AUGCAGGAGCCACCAAGACAAGGGAGACAGUGCCACCAGCACCAGGGGCAGCAGCUGCUGGAGCAACUUUGGGGUCCUGGGGACUCGACAGGCAGUUGCCCUGUCCCGGUAGCGCUCUCCAGCCGUUUUCACCUUGCUGGAUGUGCAGGUGCAACUUUUGCUUCAUCUCCUGACUGCACUGUAGACUCUGCGUGGCACAGUUCGUGCGGAGGGACUUUGCUCUUCUGGGAUGCUUCUACAACAGCAGCCCCUGUCACAGGUGCGUCAGAGCCGCUCGCCUGCCUGCAAGAAGCCCAAGGGAGAUCAAAUAACGCAAGACGGAGUCUUCGGAGUGGGGCGCUCACUUAUUCAAUUCAUGUGGGGGCAAGCACCGCCCUCAGCCUCCGCACUGUUUUGCAGCAGUACUUACUGCAAUGGCAGCAACGGCGCAUACGUGCCAGCAGCUCAACAGUCAUGCGUCAUGUGCUGGUUGUUGAAGAGGAAAGGGCUACGUUCUUCUUGCCAGAACGUCUUCCUCAGUCUCUUUGCCUCUGUUCUCUCGAUGCUUCACCAGUACAGCAGAAACUGCGGCCACUGUCUCAGAGCGUCCCGAGGUGCGAUUUCCCUGUUAGCAGGGAUUCCAAUUCCAGCAGUGCCCAAGAAUUUAGUGCCGUCAUUAAAGAUGGGCAGGUGACAAACGCAGCUAAAGUUGAAGCUGCCGCAGGGGCUAGAGUACCAAAUGACUGCCUUGUGCUGUCUUUUUUGUGGGCUGUCGCGUCCUGGUUCAGUCGGCUGGCAGACCCGCUUUCAGUCUCAUCUGCUGCUGCUGCUGCUGACCUCGGUCUAUGCAGCACAACUAAUGAAAGAGCAGCAGUUCUAGCAACCACCGAUCCCGAUGCUGCCACUGCAGCUUCAGGUUUAGCUGGUGCACUUCCUGCGUUGCAGCAACGCACUAGGGCCGCAGCAUCGAUUGUGACUGCUGCAGCUGCUUCUCUCCGCGGAGGUUUCUGUCUCCGUCUCGCCGCAUUGAGAACCCUAGCGUAUUGGUCCUGCUGUUGCAUAUUAGCGAAGCAGGAAGCCACGUAUAAUCUGCAGCGAAACCGACUGCGGAAAGAACACAGGCAGCAGAUGGUGCUUCAUGCGGCCGCUUCACGCCUCAUCAGCACAGAUAUGAAACAACAGAGCAGUAGCACCAGCAGCAGCAUAACCCUUCUGCGCCAGCUUCAGCAAGAGUGUCGAGAAUCGUUUGCGCAGCUGCUGCAGCAGCAGCAAGAUGCUCAACAGCAACUGGCAGAGAGGCAAGGUAUUGAAAUGGAAUCUGCCUGUGCCAUGAGGGAGAAGCAAGAACAGGAGUUGAAGGCAGCGACUGCCCCAUGUUGCUUGCCAAUUCAAGAUUCCGGGGAUGCAAACGACCCAACAGCAGUUGUUGCUGCUGCUGCUGCCCUGGAGGCAUGCGAAAGGGACUUGCAGGAGCUAGUCCAGCAGCACUUGAGUGAGUGUGAGCUGCUUGAGAGGCACUGGAUACAUGAACAGCAACUACUGCGCGAGCAGCAGCUCCGUAUGUUCAAGAACGUAGCAGCAGACCUCUACCUGCUGCAGCACGGUUCUGCUGCUCCGUAUGGGGCAGCAUGCCAAGCACUUGUGCUACCGCCACUUCCUUCUGCAGGUGAAAAUGAGAGGUGGGCCUUUAACUGUAAGCAACAGAAACAGGAUCAACGGAGACACGAGCAGCUUCUACAGAAUCAACAUCCACCGCCGACCUGGCGGCAGUUGGGAGUAGCUGCACGCCAGCUAUUUGGAAGGAGCGGUGGAGGCCUUAGCCAGGAGGGAGACCCUCUCCAUCAUGCUCAUAGCUACGCUAUUUGUACUUCUGUUGCUUCUGGCGCAUCCAUAGUAGCAGACGAGGAGCGCCUGCUAAGCUCCGGUACAGCAGCUGCUCAUUCAGGGUCAACAGGAGUCGCUGCGACUGCAAUCAGUGCAAGCGUGGAUGCAGCAGUUGCUGCUGGGCAACACAUCCUGCAACGGCAGCAACAGCAACAUCAGCAGGCAGCAUUUACUCCUUGCAAGGAGGACAACUCACCACAAGGCGGGUCAACGCAGAUGCAACAAAGAGUACAGCAGAAGCAUCAGCAACAGCAAAACCAACGGGUGUUGCAUGGUUCCUCUGCGGAAUUCACCGCGAAUGCAGAGCACUCUCAACGGCAAAAGCAGCAUCAGCGGCAACUCGCCGUGGCAGCUGCCGCUCACCAAGGGCCGGUCUUCAAUAUGCCUCGCCUGCUCCAGGGAAUUGCAGUUGGUGCGGUCCAGCCCCAGCAGCAUCGCUCGUCUAGGGCGCCGCAGCAGCAGCUGGGAGGGGUGCAGGAGCAUGCAGAGUUGAGGUUCAUCUUCGGGGUACAGCAGCGACGGACAAUCUGGCUACACGUCUGCACAGGCCUCACUGUGGACUUCUUCCCCUCCACUACUGCCUCUCUUCCAGACAGGCAAAACCAGAGUCCAGUCAGUGCCAAUGCUUUGUAUGCAGGUAAAUGGCUGACGUUGCUAGGACAAGGGCCCACGCCACUCCCUGAGGAGCCGCUCGGGGACUGGGCUGCUGGGUCAUUAUCCUACUGCUACAAAGACGUGCGACAUAUGCGUGGGAGCACGCUUUCUUGCUCUUUGGGAAGCAGUGGAAGGCUGAGUUGUGGGGAGUCGCCCAGCUGGCUUGAGACAGACGACAUGUUUGCCUCUCUGAGAACUGGGCCCACCGAAUCUUUGUCGGGGGCUGUCCUGCCUACUGGGGCAGCCAUGCAGGAAAGUUGUGCAUGCAUUAAGGCAGGAAAAGAGACUCCAGAUCUGUUGCUGCCCUCCCUGGAGGAGCAGAGGCGUCUGUUGGGUGCUGCAAUCACUGCAAACAGAAGCAGCAGCGGCUGCAUCUGCAGCAAGCAGCGGCUGCUGCUACAAGGAGAAGUGUUCGUAUCGCGUCAUGCUGCCAGGCUGCGCCCACAAGUCUGCUUCCACCUAGCGGUUGCCUCAACGGGGACGAGUCACGAAGCAUCUCAAACGCCGAGCCCUUCUCAUAAGCCUGCGGAAGUAUCUGUGGAACACGAUGGCAACGGAAGGACGAGCAGCGCCGGGGAUGACCUCGACUCCCUCUGUGCGCCCGUUUGUGAGGGCCUGAGGCAGAUACUCCGCCUAUGUGAAAAGCAUGCAGUUGGUGCGCUGCUUUUGCCUGCACUGUUACUAGAGACAGAAGCCUCCGCUACCUGCUUGCCAUUUGCCGUGCUACAGCGUAGAAUGCUGUCUGUGCUAAGGUGCGUCAUCGCAGAGCUCCGGGCCAUCGCCCUUUCUCCAGUUAGCAGCAGUUGCUGCCCGUCGGAUGCCUCAGUUGGCCGUCUGAGGCACCUCGUGCUGCUGUUGCCUCCCAUACAGCAACAGCAGCAGGAAGGCUCUGGCCAAAUGAACCAUCUAGUUCAGGCUGCUGUGAAUUUCCUAAGGAACUCCGCGUGCUGCUGCUAA